AUGAGGGAUAUCACAGCCGAUUCAUCAACGGUGGCAUAUAUAUCAGCUGGAGAGGCUAAACCACCGAGCAUCCAACAGAAAAGGCAUCUAUCAAAUUCGUACGAGUACCAUAACAGCUCCUUUAUCAAAAGACGGGUGGGCUCCACUGAGAAACGCUUAAGCACAGAUGAAUUAGAAAGUGCAUGCUUUCUCGAUGCGCAUGGAACACCAUUUAAGAAACAUGAAAUGUCACCGGGCUACUCCAAGAGGAUUAUAGAUGAAACACCACAACCGUCGUAUGUUGCUGCCGAACCGCCACAGUCUCCCUUCUACUUGCCUACUACUUCGUCAUGUAAUCUGGAGGCAGCCGCCAACGUGAAUGAGAACAGCAGUGUCAGACUCUCGGAAACUUGCAUAGAACACAAACAAGAACAUUUGCAUACACGAAAUCCUGAACUUAAUUAUCAUUCAAAAGUGAGCAAUGACAAUCAGCUUCAAAGACAGCAUCAAAUUACUCAUAGCAUACACGAGGACUCUGCGAAUAGAUAUAUUAAUAAAACGAUUGUGGGAAAUCCUGAUCAGACUAAUGGAGAAGUUGACAGUAAUGAGCACAAUGACAACUGCGUUGGCGAUGACAAAAAUCCUCAUGGAAACGACGAAGAGAAUCAGAAUUGUAACGAUAGCGGUAAUACUAAUAAUGGGAAUCCUGGCAACGACAACAAUAGCAGCAACAACCAGAACAACAGCAGUAGCAGCAGCAACAAUAACAAUAACAAUAACAAUAACAACGAAAAUAACAACGAAAAUGUACAGCCAGUCGGUGCGUCGUCCAAGCAAACGAGUCAGGCACUCGUGCAGAAGUUGCAAGAUAUUUAUAGAAAUAUCGUAAAGCAAGAGGUUGAACUUCAAGAACGUUGCUCUCAGCUUACAACUUCUCAGACAACUGAACUCAAGAACCUUUGGGUUAUUUACAAAGUCAACGCCGAACUCAUUAAUAAUUACGUUGCAUUCAUAACAACUGCAUUGUUACCCUCUCAACCUGAACAAGAUUUGCUUGUGGGACAGGAAAUUGUGGACAUAUACAGAAUAGAAAGGAGACUGUGGGUGUAUGGAACAAUUACGCUCUUGGACGUUUUGAAAAAUUUCUCAAACUUCAUGGAUCCAGAAGUUUGCUGUCAAUUUAUUACGCAUGUUUUUAUUUCUAUAUCAAACAUGCUAGGUGAUAUGCCUCCAAAAUAUUCCACACCCUGGCUAGAAAGACUAGGAGAUUUAUCACGUAUGGCUAUCGCCCUUUAUCCUUCAGGUUUUAUCGACUGGAAAUUGAGCGCUGAACAUUGGUAUAGUCAAGCCAUGAUAUACAUAUAUGGCCAUGGGAAACUAUAUUAUCACAUGUCUACUGUCCAACAAAAUACUUUGGAAGCAUUUGUGAAUUUGGGGAAAAGCGUGUUUUGCCAAGACACUUUUAUCCCAUCUCAGCAAUACAUGCAGCUAGUGAUUGAUAAUAUUUACCAACGUGCAUUUGCCGAACGCAAUGGUGGGAAUCAUCGUAACUCCCUAAUCGUUGAAUAUCUGAAACACAGUGAAGUCAUGCUACUUUCGAGCUUUCUCGAGAGUCCUGAACUUCAAAAAGUUGUAUCUACAUUUUUCCAUCAAAAAUUUGGUCUUUUGCCCAAAAACACGGACUUUUUCAAUCACAGAGAGAUUUUUAUUCAAGACGGUGAGAAAGUGAAGUAUUUCUUUAGACACGCUCCAGCGUUUGCGGAGUCGCACAUAUUGCAGUUGGUUGGAUUUGGUGAUCCGAAGAACCCGUUUGCACUUCUAUUUGAGUUGCCCAAGUUUUUGAAAGAGAGGAAAGAACGAAAAGAAAGACGCAAAUCCAAAACAUCAUCUUCUUCCAUCGCGAUCGAGACUAUGCCUCCCCAAUCACCCACUGAGUAUUUGGAGCAUGUCGAUUCACCGAAAUUCAGCUACCAGUUCCCGACAGACACUGCAAUUUGGGAGCAAGCGUUAUCGUAUGUUAACAGGACCUCUCUGGAGUGUAGCAUGACUGUUUUAAGGAAAUUCUUACACGGGCCAUUGGUAUCUGCCGUCCCUCAUUUGCUACCAUGGGCCUACUUUCUGUUGGCAGUGGCUUUAAGAAUAAGGGAGCUACCGAACCAAGAGUUGAAGAUAUUCUGGGUAAGUCUAAUGAGACGUAUUUUACCUUGGAACAGCAUUGUAAACUUCCUCAACAUGCUCAUAGCGUUUUCUCUGGACAACAACUGGAAAACGACGCCUAUAGAUGCGUUGUGCGAACAGUUUGAUGCGGUUGACUUGUCGACUUUAAUCGAACAUUUCAGCAAUAACGAGGAUUUACCCGAAGUUUGGAAGUGUUGGGGUACAUUGUGGUUCGACGUCAUUGCGGACAAGUCCGAACCAAAGGAUGACGGCAUGCAAAGCACCGGUGUGAAAGACCAUCUAUUUCUUGAUUUUCCUAUCGAUGGAAUUUGCUUCGACGAAGAAGAUGAGAGCGGUGUCAAGUUUUGGAAGCGUACUUGUCGGUUGAUCUUUUUAUUCAAGGGCAUAGCUCGAGAGUUUGAAUACGGGUUAGCGUUAGCGCCCACCGCGGUGCCUACAAGAAGAAUUGUGUCGCCAGACCAUCCAUUGCAACGCUUCUCGUUCAAAUUCGAUGCAAACGCAAAUGCGUUUGGUGGGAAUGCGUUUGUCAACACUCAUAUACCUCUUUCCGAAGAGAUCAGCCAAGCGAACAUGGACGUCAAUGCGCUCCCGGGGACAAGCAUGCUGGAGGGCGAAAGCCUGUUCCAAUUCGAAGGUUAUAGACAGCUGUAUCCAGAUUACAGUUGUUUCAACAAAAACGGGGACAUGAUCACGUGCUCGCUGUACACAUCCGGCCCGCUUGAGAAGGGAGCGAUCCAAGGCGGCGACGACUUCAACGCGAGCGCGCAGAGCGGGCGGGACGGCGCGGCCAACGCCGACACCACGGCUGCGGCCGGAAGCUUGGAGAAACUGGAGCGGGAGUGGCUCGACACCUGUAUGAAUCCCGAGUUUAUCAAGCAGACGUUUGAGAACAAAUUCCCGUACGGAGACCUGUCGUGCUAUUGCGACAGCGGGGUGUCGUACUUUGUGCUGGAUGCGACGUCGUGGCUGCGGCAUUUCGCGCACGUGUACAAACUGGCCACCAACGGAGUACUCAAGUUUGCCAUUUGUCUGACAACGUUCCAAGAGCUACGGUUUUUGCGCAAGUCCAAGGACGAAAGCGUGGUGGAGGCGGCCACGCGGGCGGUCAUCACGGUGAGGCAACUGUACACCGAGAAGCGGCUGUUGCCGCUGCGGUUCACGGGCAAUGUGGCGACGCACCUCGAGGAGCACCUGGAGUUCGAGGAGCAGAUCACGUGGCGGUCCCACGUGGACGAGUUUGUGAUCGAGGCGGUGUUCAAAGCGCAGGCCAAAUUCGAGAACCUGAACACGCAGGCGCGAGAGGCAGGGCGCGAGUGCAUUGCGUCGUCGGAGGAGCACCCGUUCCACUUUGUUGCGCUGGUGACGGACGACACCAACAUGCGUUUGAAGGCGCACGCCCAGCAAAUCCAGACCUUCAGCAGCCGGUUCAUGUUUGCGGUGUGCAACCAGAUCGGGGUCGCGCACCACGCAUGCACCAACUAG